AUGUUCCUCUCACCUUCCAGUGCACUAAGAGUGCCAACAAAACCGAGAUACCCUGGUGAUCCGCUUCGAGCAGGCGAGAUCAGGGUAUUGUGGCUGCAGCCUGGCAGGUGGACAGACCCCAUCGUUUGCGAACUAUCUAAUGCCAAGAUCGAAGUCGUGCAAUACCGGGCACUAUCCUAUGUAUGGGGCUCACAGUUUGACCAGCGCUUCGUCCGACUCAAUGGUCGUAGCUAUCCCGUAACUUUGAAUUUGGAGAGUGCGCUGAGACACCUACGAGCAAAGUACAAAGAAGGCUUAGUCCUUUGGGUUGAUGCAUUAUGCAUUGACCAGGCGAAUGACGAAGAAAGGACUCGUCAGGUUCAACUCAUGAGGUGCAUUUAUGCGAGUUGCCAAGAAUGUCUCGUAUACCUUGGGCAGAGCCUCGAUAGCACUGUUGGAGCAUUGACUGAACCAACAUCUAUUCUAGACUUUGGGCAACAUGGCGCGUAUGUUCCUGCUCGAAGCACCUUGAAGUCAAGUCACAAGCCAGGAUUAUACGACGUAUUUGAGUUCUUCUAUAAGUUAAGUGAGUCCAAUCACUUGUAUCAAAUCUUGCCCGCUCAUGGAGGGCAGAAACAAGCAGGCAUGAAUUCCAAGAAUCACAGAAGCUAUAAGGACAGUACGGAUUUUUUCGAGGCACUGCGAAUGUUCAUGCAUGCUCCAUUUACGCCCUGGUGGCCCAGAAUAUGGGUGAUACAAGAGGUGGCACUUCCUCCCCAAGUUGUCAUCCACUACGGUACAAUUUCUGCGCCAUGGACCAUGUUCGCUAAGGCUGCAAAGACGUACCGACUUCACAGUAGUUCAUGCUGCCGUAAGUUUAUGCACAACUUGCCUCGGGAUGAGGAAACUGUCGUGCACAACAGUUUCGAGACAAUGUCAAAGGUAGAGGAUCUCCGACAGCGUUACCAUACACAUCAGCCGGAAACGGUUUACUUAGGCCUGUUGGACUUGUUAAGGCUAUUCCGAGACAGGAAGUCAUCUGACCCCAAAGACAAGGUGUUCGCUCUCCUUAGCAUGGCGGAAGUUGUGCCUGGUAGAAAACCCUUGACACCAGAUUACUCGCUGAGCGAAAAAGAAGUCUAUCUCCAAGCAACGCUGGAAUCAAUAUACUCGACCAAAUUGCUUUCAGUGUUUAGUACGGAACUGGGAAGAAAGUUCAGGAGUGACUUGCCAUCGUGGGUUCCGGAUUGGGGUGCGCCGGGAAGCCAUACAUAUCACUUAAGAGCGAAAGCGAUAAAAUACUACAACGCAUGCGGGAAAGAGGCUACACCAACUUCAAUAGUACCAAUAGGAGAUACCAAACUAGGCCUACAAGGUCUGAAAAUUAUGCGCGUGGAAGAGGUGGGCGAGAUCAUGUGGGGGGACGACCCUGCUAGCAGCCGGCACACGCUCCUACAGUGGUGUCAAAUAGGGCUACGAUACGCGAUACCGUUCUGGGAUGAGAGGCUUUCGCUGCAGACUGAGAGUAUGCAGCCAUGGCAGAGAGUUGCCCUGUUCAAUUUUUGGAGAACCAUAUGCGCCGAUGUAAUCCACGAACAUGCAACAAUGGGGGGCAUACGGAGAGUACUCGCUGAAGACAUGUCCACUUUUGAAACAUGGAUGAGACACUCGAACAUGUCACCUUUCAGCAGUGCAGAAAAUAGACAGCAAGCUAGGGUUUGGUCUAGGAAAGCGGACUUGUGGAAUCUUUUCCUCUUCAUAUGGCCGACAGUGCCGGACAAAGGCAUGCCAGGUGAACCGGACAGUUCCUAUGUUCCCAUGCACUUGGAGGAUCGCCAGGAUACAUUCCAUGUACUGCUUGAUAUGAUUUACACCAUCCUGCCGGAUUUCCUACUUGGUACGUGGCUUACCGGGAAAGAUAGUGACUGGAGAAUAAUAUACCUAAAUUUGCUUCCCGCACUCGAGCGCCAUUACGGGCCUGAUAUAGAUCUGUAUAUGGAGAGAGAAAAGAGUCGAAUUCCAAGUAUAGAGCGGUCGGUAAACAUAGCGACAUUAUCGCGACGGCUGCUCUGCGGUAAUGGGCUGGUUGGGCUGGGCCCAGCGGACAUGGCUGUUGGAGACGAACUGUUUCUUCUGCCUGGAGGAAAGACACCAUUCGUCUUACGUCCACUGGGCUAUGAUGUGAUUGAUGGGAAUGGGGAUGGGGCGAAACCGAAAGAUGGGACCGUGUGUAGGCCUAUGUACGAGAUCAUUGGCGACUGUUAUUUGGAUGGGUGGAUGGAUGGAGAUGCAAAGGUCGGCUCACGAGAAUGGGUCGACAUUGUGAUUGUAUGA